GGAUUAAGCUUUGAUAAGGUAUCAGAUAAAGUAGAAUCGAAAGUGAAACCUAAGUGGGGUUUGAAUGAAAGAUUACCCAAUGCCAUAUUAAAUCCACGCCCACUUGUCAAAUUAUCUGGAAAAAUCAUCAAUGUAAAGGAAAUGAAAGAUGCACCAGAAGCUUACCCUGAUUUCUUAAGCGAGGAUCACACUACAACUCUUAUUCGCUCACCCGUUGCUAGUGGCAAAACAAAAACACUAAGAGAAAUUCUCGAUUCUUUAGCCAAAAGUGGAGCAGAUUUGCCUUGUUUUAACUGGGUUUCAUAUCGUAAAACUCUUAGCAAUGAGACCAAAGCUAAAGUUGAAAUAUUGCAAAGUUCAGGACUCCGUGUAUGCCAUUAUCAGGAAAAUGAGGGUGAUUUAGCUAUACGUGACUGGGAUGUUAUUAUUGUCCAAGUUGAAAGUACCCAUCGUCUUAAUUUCUAUGGAAGGCGUUCUUACGUAGUUAUCUUAGACGAAAAUAAUGCUAUUAUGCGUCAAAUGUCUAGUGGAGUUCAUGCACGUGAGUCUGAAAAUUCUAUGCGGGAUUUAUUAAAAUCAGCUGUUCAUGUUAUUUCUAUGGACGCAUUUGCAAAUGAAUCAACUUUAAACUUUUUGAGACAAUAUCGAGAUGGAGAUAUAAGACUUUUUGAUAACGAAUAUAAGCCACGUAAAGGUGAGAGUGUUAAAAUUCUUUAUGAUCCAGAUAAAGAAUCAGAAGCUAUAUGCAGGGGCCUUAAGAUGCUUCAGGAAGGUAAACGAGUUGCUUUUUCAAUGACUUCAUGCAAAAAAGCACGAGCUUUGGCAAACCAAGCUUCCAAACUGCAAAAACCAGACGGCUCGCACGUUUUAUCACGAGUUUAUUUUGGCCAAAUGGAUGGAAAGCAACGGCAGGAUGACUUUGCCGAUAUUAAUGCUACUUGGAGUGGUCUUGAUUGUGUGGUUUAUACAAGUACUGUAGAAGCUGGCAUCUCUUUUGAAAUUUCCAAUCAUUUUGAUGCAGUUAUAGGAAUAAGUAAUAUUAAUACAGGAGUGCAUGCCAAAGCUUUUGCACAAAUGUUUUAUCGAGUUCGCGAUUGCCCAUAUCGUAUUAUUUCUCUCUAUAAUAGUAAAAAAACUAGCAUUUUCAAAGAACCAAAUCGUGAUCUCAUUCGUGCUGAACUUUCUGCCUUGAGACCUGGAGAUUUACCAACUGCUAUAAAAGGACAUCGUGAAUGGGACAACAUUGCUGAUUGUUAUACUCUUGACUCAUCACCAGCAGUAGAGACCUAUAUUGAGGUCGAAUAUCAGAGACGCUUAUCGGCCAAAUAUUUUCCAGAAAUUCUAUGCAGUCUCAUUGCUAGUACUGGAGCAACACUUGAGUUAAUUUCAGCAGAAGGCACCAAAGUUGCUAGGAAAGAAGUUUCUAAUACUAUUAAGGGAAUUGAGAAAGCGAUUAAAGGCUCUGAUGCAGAAUCAAUAGUUAAUGCACCUGAUAUUACCCCCUAUGAAGCUGAAACUCUUAAGCUAAAUCCUGAACGUUCUUUUGCUGAUAACAUGACUUUACAACGUCAUUAUUUAUGGAGAACAUAUGCUUCAGGUGAUAUUGGAGGUAAGGAUGAUAUUCGAGAUUGGGGUAUGGAUCACGCUGACUGGACUAAACUCUGUGAUAUAGAUUUCGUAAAAAAAUUUAAUAGUCCUGAACCUUUACAACAUUUUAGAAGACUUGCCUAUUUCCGAAGACAAGGUUCUAAUGCGAUAAAAGCUUUGGAAAAUUUAAAAUUCAAAGAAACCAUACAAUGGGAGGAAUCACAAGAUUCUUUGGAUCCGGCCUCAAAUGAUUUGCAUAAAUAUUAUUCAGUAAAACAAUGGGAGGCUGUUAUAACCUUUUCCAAUCAUUGGGAAAAAAUCAUUAAAAUUCGACAAGAUGCAUUAUUACUCUUCGGAUUUAAAUCUCGGGCCAAAGGAACACCUGAUCUCAAUGCUACAAUAAAAUUCAUCAAUGCAGUAGUGGGUAAUUGGUGUGGUUAUACUAUUAAGAGUGGACGAAAACUUUCUGGUUCAAAAGAUCAACGCAUGUGGAAAUAUACUUAUUGGAUUGAUCGUAAACCAUAUAGUGGAACUGGUUUUAACAGAGGAUGGACACCUACACUUCCACCAUAUAAACCAGAAUCAGUCAAUGAAACUCAAGAACUCUUCGACUCGAUUGCUGAUACUAACUCAAAAUUUACCGAUUAA